UUCCAGAUAAAGAGCAGGGGGAGACCAAUUGGGGAAGUAUUUUACCUUAAUAAAACCGCAGCCAAGUAACACUAGACCCUACUCAUAGUAUUAUGCUCCUGUCGGUGGUAAGAUUGCCAGAGCUCAACGAGAGUACGGAGUGUUAGGGUUGGCAACGUGCAUGUAACACCUCUGGAGUAGAGUUGCAGGUGUUCAUAGGCUUACCACCAAUGUAGUAUAAAACAAAAUUGUAAUGUUAGUUUCCUUGAUUAGGUAAUUGGAAUCUAGUUUUCCUUUAGCCAUCUAUGUUUCCUAAACAAUGUCUUCAUUGCGAUACGAUUGUUUUUGAACUGCUCAAGCAUUGUUCCCCGUAUGGCACUUUAAAUUUAGUUUGUGACGAGUACCGACAAGAAUAUACUAAUGUACUAUUAAUGUGUAAUUAUUCGAUAAAAAAUUGUUUAAUCUAAUCAAUGGAAAGUGUGAAUAGAAUAAUUUUGAUAUUGGUUAUUACAACAAAAGUAUAUGGCCAAUUAGAACCUAUAGAUGGAGCAGAAUGGACGGAACACUGUAAUAUACGACCCUACAUGUAUCGGCAAUGUUGCAUAUUGCCCCCAUUCUUCAACCGAGAUGUAGCAAGGACCUGUGGUGCCGUGUUCCAGGUUAAUUUUGAGAACCGUGGCAAUAUCACUGGUCUCCAAAGACUUUCUGAAACUGGAUGCAGCUAUUGGGAUUGCAUACUAACGAAAUACGAUCUCAAGUCGGACGAAGAUAACAAAUUACUGGACAUCUCGAAAUACUACGAACAUUUGAACAGCUGGGUUGAACUUAAUCCAGAUUUCAGCGAUGUCAUGUUGAAGGCUAAGAUUGAAUGCAAGCAGAAUUUUAGAAUGAGUUUACCGAUACCUGUUUGCGAAUUUAAGGAUUUUAAUGCUUGUCUUAGGAAUUAUAUUAAUGUGAACUGUCCGAAUGUUAUUCCAACUCCAGACUGCAUGGAAGUGAAGAAAUUCUACGAACUCUGCCACGAGUUUUAUCAGUAAUCAAUAACUAAUGGUGAAAAAUAUUAAGGAUAGGUACUGUUACAAUAAUUAAGUAGUAGUUUAAUUUUAUUCCUAUGUUGUGAUUAUUAAUGAAGGUUUAAAAUAGAAAAAAUAAAGGCAGCUUUAAUAAUUAAAA